CAGUUGACGAACGACUCCGUAGACGCUACACGUGUGAGGAGACCUUUAAAAUAAAAAUAUUUUUUACGUCCUUCAAGUGGAUGUUUUUAUUGUGAGAAAAUCCAGUAAUAGGACUGCGUUUCAAACCCUCGUUUUAUUAAUGGACACAAUAACAUACACGGUUUUCGUGUCGGGUUUAUCGCUGAAAACCGCAAACAAUGGCUAUAUCGAGAAUUGAUAUAGUAAUAAAAGUGGAAUGUUGAUUAGAUAACAAAUAAAUUUAUGUUUUAUCGUGUCCUCGGUGCAGCGCAAAAGAAAAUCGUCUGCAAAUUACGCCCAUCCUUUCCAAGUGGCAUGCGGGAUUGCAGCGUGAUUGUUUGUACGGGGGGAAUGUGAAAACAAAGUGUAAAUAUUGCCUUAACGGAAUGUGUGACAGUGUCAGCUCUUAUCAUGGGUAACAGAACAGAGAUGGCUACACCUGAAAAUACUGAUGACGAAAGCGGCGAAGCCUUCACUGACGGUGACUUUGAGGACUCCGAAGAUGAACCAGUUGAACGUGAAGUUGAUGCUAUAAUUGCAUCAAUUCCUGUUAAUGACGCUAUUAAUACAGCCAUAAACAACGAUGCGAAUGAACUCGACGGUGAUAUUAAAAGUGUGGAGAAUGGUACUGAUUGCGCUGUGCAAAGUGACGAAAUAGUGGAUGCGCGGGAUUCUGAUGAAGAAAAUAAUAAUAGUCCAUCUUUAAUUGGCAUUCUCGGAGAUCAGCAAACUCAUGCUGAACAGCGUCUGGCGGCGCGACGGGCUGCGAGGGCUGAGGCACGCGAGAUACGCAUGAGGGAAUUGGAGAGACAGCAGAGGGAACAGGAGGACCAUGCUGAUAAAGCCUACGAUAUGUAUGCAGAAACUGUGGGACGUCGUGGUGCAACCAGACUAGCGUCCCUCAGUCCUGCGGGAUUGCACUCGCCAAGGCGGAGUUCAGAGGAUUCUGACGAAGUACUCAGUAUUAAGGAUCUGAGGUACGAAUUAAAAGAGGUAGAGGAAAAAUUUCGCAAAGCGAUGAUAUUGAACGCUCAGUUGGACAAUGACAAAGCGGCGCUGGGAUAUCAGCUGGAGCUGCUCAAAGAUAGAAUAGAAGAAUUGCAAGAAGAGUACGCGCAGUUACAGCGCGAACACAAAGAGAAAUGCUCAGCUUACGAGCGUCUAAAGCGCGAUCACGCUACCCUCGAACGUGAGUUGACAUGCGCACGCGACGCCGUACGAGCACGGGACGCGGCCGUGGAGGGCGCGGGCUUCACGUUCGUGGAGUCGGGGGAUGCGCAGGCGCAGGGCUUUGGCGCUGUGCCCCCUUUGGCCCUAGUCUCGCAUCACUCGCACGCCUUGCUCGAAGACGGAGGAGAGGGCACGCUCGAUGUCCGGUUGCAAAACCUCGUGAGCUCCAAGCAGGCCUUGGAGUCGGAAGUGCGGAAACUAAAGUUACAACUGAACGAAGAACGCUCUGCUAGACAAAAUGGCGUCGCCUCACAACACGACAUGGAUUAUGAGAAUGAAUUGGAAACCCUAAGAAAAUCAGUAUCGGAGGCGAAAGGGCGGGCGGCACGAGCGGAAGCGGAAGCGGCGUUACAAGCGGGCGCAGUGGCGAGACUCGAGGCCCAGGUGCAGAGGCUCAGAGCUCGGCAGGACCAUCAGGACGAGCACGAGGAGAUGCUUAAGCAGGAGAGGAGGAAGCUACAGAGAGAGGCACGUGAAGCACUCAACCGUGUGGAAGAAUUGGAGACAGAGAACAGUCAUCUAACAAAACGGCUAGACAAACUGAAGAAUGCUAAGUCAGCACUACUCAAGGAGCUGUGAUGAUGGCUACACCCACCAUAUAGUAACUAUACUAUCAUAAUAGUGUAACUACCAGAUUCUGAGAAGUUGAACGGAGCCUAAUUUUCUCUUUACUUUAUUCAAUUUAAUACUGACCUGAUAUAUAAAACAACUUAAGAUAUAAGUUUCGUAUGAAUUACACUUUUUACAUACAAACAUAUAGAUGUGAGAUGUUUGUUAAGCAUUUUAUAAAACUAAAUGUCAUUGUAAACUUUCCUAUGUUGCAGUUGAUUUUUCAAAUUAUAUUUCGAACUUCAAACCAUAUACAUAGUUAAUUACUAAUUGUUUCAAAUUAAAAUAAAUAUAUAUAUAUAGCAUUUGUAUAGAAAAAUAAUAAUUUGAAAACGAUCAUCUGUCUCAUCACAGCGUGGAUACAAUUUGACAGAAAGAGACAAGGCUAUUUUAAUAAUAAUUGUGAAAUAAUAUUGAGCUAAAAAAAAGAUAAUUAGCAAUACCAUUUAUUGAAACGCUAGCUGCGAAAGUUAGACAACGGUAACAAAAAAGGAAGUAAUUUUGUCAUAUGUUAAUUAUGUAAAGCGUUGUUAAAUUUAACAAAACUAAAUUACAUUCAAAUAUCACGUUAUUAGGAUUUCUAUGGAAGCUAUGCAGAAAAUGGAAUUGUAACAAAUGUUUCCAUACAAAACAACAUAAAAUUUAACACAUGAUUUUGACAUACAGGAGUCCUAGUCCCGUUUCUAAAUCUUACCUAUCGUUUUUCAAGAGGGGAUCAAGCUUGUUUCAAAAGGUGGUCGCAGUCUAUUGAAAAAUAAUAAUAUAUAUAAUAUAAUAGUGUAUAUUUCAUUUUGUAAAUAUUUUAAAGCUUUAAAAAUGUUACAUUAGAUGAAAAAUUCAAGAUAAUUGCUUUUUUUUAUUUUUGGUAUUUAAACUUUUUUUUAAAUCUUAGGUCAGUAUUCCAAAAUACAUCAUGUCAUAACCUAGUCUUGAAAAUGGUAUUUUGAGACUUAUUUUAGAGUAUUUUGACCUCCCCAUUUUAAGAUAUGGCCUCUGGAGACUAUGGUAUGGAAAAUGUAACCUACUGUAACAUAUUAAAGCGUAAGCCAUAUUUUUUUUUAAGUCGACCAUAGAUGUAGAUAUUUUAACAGACUGUAUGUAACCCUUUUAGUUUUUAAAAUUUAUUGUAAAUUUGAAUGAUUUGUAACAUAAUAAAUGUGUAUAACUUUAGGUUUUAUGUGUCAUUAUUUAUUUUAUAUAAUGAACUGGGCUGGUCACAGGGUGGUAUAACAAGGUAUUUUUAAAAAAAUUGUCACAAAUUGAGUACUACCCGAAUGAUUAAACCGAGUGUAUGAAAAUACACCAAACGUAAUAGUUCCUGUAAAGUUUCAUUGCUAAAUUAAGAUUACAAGUCAAAUGGUUUCAAAAAUUUCUUUAAACUAAUUUGUAUAUAUUGUUUAAAACACUUCAUAUUUACCAAAUAAUAAAUGGUUAAGUCGUUAGUGAGUUAAGUUCACACUGCAAUGUCGUAUUUUACAGAGAACCAUGAAGUUAGGUGUUGUAGGUUAGUCUAAUUUGUAUAUUGCUUGCCCAAAAUUUGCUUUUCUAAUAUUUCCUUGCCAUGAUGCAAUCGCUUGAUUUUUUUGCGAUAUAAAAUAUUUUGAGUUUAGAACAAAUAUGGCUUUAAAACUGACUCACGUUCUGUGUUUGUUGCCAUUGUUGAUGUCUUUUCCAUAAUAGCGGUAACCAUGACAAUCAACACAGUACCGACUUAAGUACAUGUUUUAUAAAGUCAAUAUUGUAUUAAUAUUUGGUUUAAAAAGUAUUUUUAUUGUGUCAUCUUUGAAAUAGAAUUGUAACUAGUUUCCAUCAAAAAAUUGACUAUAUAAAUACACUAUCACAAUCAUUUUUUUUAUUUUUUUUAGUAAUGUAUUGAAUCGAGUGCUUUAAAAAGAAUUUCUAGUAAUUUGCUCAAAAUUUAUCGCCGUGUCGAGAUAGAUCUCUUCGUUUCCUGGAAGUUACCACUAAUAAUUUAAUGUUUUUUUUUAUAUCUGGUUUUACCAUUUAAUGAAUUUAAAUCGAAAUUUAACAUGUCAAAUUAUAAUUUUAAAUGUCAAAACGAAAGUAUACUUGCAAGCAACAGCCUUGCAGUAUAAUUGUCUCAUGCAUUAUUAUACUGUGUCAGCGAUUUUUUACUAAACUAUAACUGCUUGCACCAAAAUGUAUAGCCUAGCUAGAAUGUUUUAGAAAAUAGUUAUCCUUAUUGAUGUGAAUAUGUAGUUAGAUAACUGGCCUGUCCUGUACUUUUAAUAGACAUUAAUAUUUAUACCAUAAUCAAUACUAAUAAAAUGAUCUUUAAUUUGGUUUUAACUUGGCUACAUUUAAACAAUAGGUAAAGAGCAUAUGAUGUAGAAAAUGAGUAGACAUUUUGUAAGAAUUGGUGUAUGUAUUUUGGUGCUGCAUUACUAAUUUAUUUGAUUUAUAAAACCUACAAAUUUUGUAUAAAGCGAAUGUUGUGUAAAUUUAAUUGAAUAAAUUACGCCUUCAA